AAAUACCCAACAUUGUCAAUGUGAACUCAUCAACCAACAGUCAUCAUGGCUGGGAAUGUUCUUCUUGUGGGACUUCUUCUCUUCUUUGUGAUUGCAGACACAGAGACAGUCCCGAAAAAGCCAUCCUGUUCUAUCACAAAUGAGCCAACAAUCUGCGCCCGGAUUUACAGCCCUCUGUGUGGUACUGAUCAAAAUACUUACUCCAACGAGUGUUUCCUCUGUCAGCACAACCAGUUAAGAAGGGCAGCCGUUUGGAUUGCCUAUGAUGGAGAAUGCUCCGGUGUUCAGCAGCGCAUAAUGUGAAUAUGAACAGAUGGUGGAAAAGUUUGAGUCAGAAUAAAAAUGAUUUGCAAAUAA